CUUUUAAUGUUUAAACAAGAAACUUGCAAAACAAAAUGCUUUCAUACACGUGAUUUGAAUGACCCGGGACGCGAUAUCUCUGCGAUUGUUAUAAAUGUAAAAUAAAUUUACAAGUUCAAAAAAGGUACUAAUCUGCGGGUGACGCGUGUUUUCAACUGAUCCGUGACACCACUCUUCACAGCACAUGCAUUGUUUGGAGUUUCCACAUGUCACAUGUAUGAAAAGGAAGUAUGACUGAACCCCAAAAUACUAUAUGCAAAUGAGCUUUCAAAACAACACCAUCUCUCAUCCUGUGCAAGACGUUUACUACAACACAACCUGAAGGUGUUAAACAGGAAAUCUCAACAGGAAAUUUUAUAUUUUCAGUCUUCAAAGUAUCGCUGACAACUAUGAAACUCAUUCUGUGGUCCUUCUUCUGCUUCAGUUUAAAUUUUGCAGCCGAAUGCCAAGAGAUUCUAUAUGGAUUAGGUGGAAAAGCAAUCCAACUGAAGAUCAGUCUCAGGAAUCAGUCCCUGCAGAAAACAGACAUCACAUGGCGACGAUUCAACAGGCAGCAGUUACUCGCAAACCUUUAUGGAGUUCCCCCUGAUUUGCACAACAGGAUAACAUUAAACUCUUCAGAUUUGUCUCUGACUAUAAAGAAGCUAAAUGAAAACGACAGUGGAUUAUACGAGGCCCUUCAGAACUGGGAAAGAGACACCGUGGCUGCAUACACAAUAAUAGUGGAGAACACCAUCUCCGAGCCUGUAAUCAAGGUGCAUGACUUUAAUUCGUCCACCGGAGAGUGUCUGGCCACAGUGAACUGCUCAGUGGACGGCAGCUGGGCCACGUAUGACUGCCAAAAGAGUCACUGUGUGGAGACACAGUCCUCCCUGUCCUCCAUUAGCAUCAAUGUCACUGCAGCGGACAGAGGGAUCCAGUGCCACGCCAACAACCACGUCAGCAGGAAUCAUUCUGAGGCUCCAAACAUUGCGUGCCAUGAAAAGCAGCAGUCUGAUCUGCAAUCUCAGCCACCGCUUAUGUUUUGGGUCAUCAUCGCCAUCUGUGCCGUGGUUUUGCUGGGCUUGAUUAUGACUUUAAUAGUAGUGAUUGUCAAGAGAAGAAAGUCCUUCAAAAUUCAUCCACAGUCUCAGAUGACUCACAGAACUGUGCAAAGUUCUUCGACGCCUCCAGAAAACAACACAGAAGCGACAAUUUAUGAUGUUCCUGUCCGACAUCCUAAAGCUCGUCGAGCAGACAGUGAGGAGGAGGUGAUGACAGAAAACAAAGAGGAACCGCAGCCCGGACUCGACCGUACGCUUAAAGUAAGAGCGACAGUUCACCAGACUGAAGACGACGAUUCAGGACAGAUCAACACGGUUUACUGCAAACUAGGAGAGAUCUGACACAGACAUGCCACCUCACUGGAGCCAUACAACUUUGUAGGAAAAUAAUAAGUUUUUAUUUUGUUUUAAAUAUCUGCAUGGUGCCUUAUUUCAAAUAACCUGAGAAAAAAAGCAUUAUUAAAAUGAUGUGGCUUUUAAACAGUCCAGUGCACUUAAAAAAUUAUUGCUAAAUGUUUUAAGGUAAACAAUGUAUAUGGGCUGAAUUUAGACAAAUUAAGUUGAACAUUACAUUUAAUGUGUUUGUUCAAAUUCAGCCCAUAUACAUUGUUGGCAACCACUUACUUGCCUUAAAAAGUCCAAUUAAUAUUGUUUGUGUGUCUUCAGCUUAUUGUGUGUUGCUUGUUUAAUCCAGUAAGUGUUAGUGUGUUUUUAUAUAUUUUUUAAAAUCAC